AUGGCCCAACAAGGAUCCCCCCAGAAGAUCCCACGCCUGCACGCCACCCCCGGCCCGUCAGCCACCGCACGCUGGCAAGCCGUAGUCAACCGGGACGCACACGCGACAUCCUUCGUCUACGCCGUCCUGACGACCAAGAUCUACUGCCGCCCAUCAUGUCCGGCACGUCUGGCCCGUCGAGCCAACGUCCGGUUCUACGACACCCCUUCGGACGCGGAGCAGGACGGCUUCCGGCCCUGUAAGCGCUGUACACCCCAGACUCUGCGGGCGGGGAAUCCCCAGAUCCAAUUGAUCCAGCGGGCCUGUGCGACUAUCGAGGCGCAGGUUCGGGGUGGUUCGAAACCGACGCUUCGGGAGCUGGCGGACGAGGCGGGCCUCACGCCGAGUUAUUUUCAUCGCCUGUUUAAGAGGAUGAAGGGCGUUACGCCGGGUCGGUAUGCGGCUGUCGCUUUGGGUCGGGGUGGUGGGGGGUUAGUGGAUGAGAGUUUGUCGAUUGGGGAUCUGACUGUGUCUCAAGCAUGGGAGGUAGAGGUAGACGCCCGGUGCGAUCCCUUCAUACCCGACACUCUGGAUGACGCUGUGGUCGCGAACGGUGGAGACGUGGACGUUGGGUUAUGGAAUGAUUUCGACGUUUUGAUAGCCGCCGAGGCUCAUUGGGAGGAUGCACAGUGGCUUGGGUGA